UGCGAAGAGUGCGAUUUCGAGUGAUUGAAAAAUGUUUUUUGAUUCUAGCGAUUAUCGACCCUUGCCUUCACCUUUGGGUGGGCGAUUGGUUGAAGAUAAGGAGGAGCAUGGAUUAAAUAAUAACGUUAUGGUUCCUCCAACAAAGAUCGAAGUGAAUAAAGACUUCAGAAAGCAAGAGGAUAGCACGGAGAAUAGUUUUGGAUAUAAUAUUGGCUAUUCUAUUGGAUAUACCAUUGGAUGUGCUAUUAGAGAUAGAAAGGCAUUGAAAAAAGCCGGAUCUUUCUUCAAGGCAGUAUGGAAACCAGUCAAGAGAUCAGCGCAAAAGGUGUGGAAAAACAUGAAGACUGGAGAAACUGAAUACGUUCAGUUUGAAUAAGGAUCUCUUUUUCUCCAUCAUUGAAUCAAGUAUAGGAUUUAUCUGCUUGAUUUCGUCCGACUUCGUCUCGGAUUUUAGAAGAAAUUUAGAGAUUUUCAUCUCUACGCAGUGUACAUACACUGUUUUCUUUAUUUGUUAUGUUUAUUGUUUUGUUUGUGUUUGUUCGUUUUCAAUUUAAAAAAAAUUUAAAAAUUUGAAAUUUAAAAUAUAUUUCUUGAUUAAUGGAAUUGCUCACCUGUAUUGAGAAUGAUUUGAAUACUUCUAAUUAUAUGGACUUAACGACUGUGGCUUCCUCGAACUUGACUUUAUCUCGAUUAUGGCACUUUAACUCAAUUGUGACUUCCUUAAUUUUGACGUUAUCCCGAUUUUGACUAUAAUUUUAAUUAUAUCCCGAUUGUGACGUCUCGAUUAUUGAUUUUAACUGGAUUGUGACUUCACCAAUUUUGACUUCCAAUUGCGUCCUCUCGAACCUUGUCUUUACUUUGAUUGUGACUCUUCUAAUUUGAAUUUCUAAUUGUGUCUACCCGAAUUUCGGCUUUCCAUAAUUGUGUCCGUUGUUUGUUUUGUUGAUGUUGAAAUUAUUUGCCAAGUGUCAAUAAAUUCACCAAGUGGUGACAUUGAACCAAACAAAACAAGAAAAAGUAGACACGGUUUUGAAAAAUAAAUAAAACAAGA